AGCCACGAGCGCGCGCAGCUGACUGGCCACAGCAGAGUCCGGAAAACGCUCGUACGGCGCACAGGUUCAACGCGCAGGUGUAUUCUUAUUCUGUUCGUGCUUACGUGUUUUUUCGCUGUUUUUUCUCGUCUUCGCUGGAAAACCAGGAGAGCAUCGCGUGGGCGCUCGCUGCACGUGGUGGAAAAGUCGCGGAAAUAUGAGCAGAGGUGCCGGAGAAAGGAGGAGAAGGUAGAAUGAGGCUCGACCCGCUGUCGAUAACUUGGCUCCUCGUGCUCGCGGUAACGCUGAGCGCCGCUAGAGGCGACAAGGUCACUUUCCAGGAAGAUGCUGCCGAAGAGUCGCCGCGUCCUUCGGACUUUGUUCCAGGUGAAAUACGAGUCGAGGAUGACUCGAAUCCAGAGGUUCGGUACAACCGACAGAGAUCAAACGGGACACGACAGGGCAAGGACCUGUUGGACUGGAUCGGCCUCGGUACCGGACACCACGUCGAUCCUUAUUUGGCCAGAAUAAACGAGGGAUGCCUGAAUGGAGAUUUUGCGGAAUGCUUCAAGUCUCGGGCGCUGAACACGUUUUCCGAUUUCUUUGAUCAAGAUCUGUACAAUUUGAAUGAUAAUGUCAAGGUCAUAAGGAUGCCUAGGGAUGUCGUAAAGGAAGUUAGUAGACAACCUUACGAGUAUGCUGCUUCUGCAAGAUCUGAAGAUUCAGAAUGGGACUCGCUUGUGAAAUUCGCCAUGAGGAAAGCCGAGCGAUUCAUCAAAACUGCCGCUUUUGAAGUAAACGUUCCUUCCUGGGUGACGGGCGACAAUGAAGUAUAUGCUCCGAGAUUUAUCGAUGAAAUUGCCGAUGAAAUCGAUGUUCUUGAAAAUAAGAAGGACACCUUGUUCUCUCGCAACCGUCUAAAGAGGCUACUGAUCCCGAUGCUGAUCGUUCUCAAGCUCUUCAAGCUGAAGCUUCUCCUGUUUCUGCCUUUGAUCUUGGGUCUUGCUUCCUUCAAAAAGUUCCUCGGCUUCAUGGCGAUCGUUAUCCCAGGACUAAUCGGUUUCUUUAAGCUCUGCAAGCCUCUUACGCAGACCUACACACCACCAGUCUACUCACCCAGUGGAAUCGGUUUCCCAGGUGGUCACUACAAAGAAAAUCACGGAUUCCAUCAUGAACAACAACACGGCUCGUACUCACACCCAGCACCGGCUUACCAUGAACAAAGUCACGGUGGCGAUACCGUCAAUUUUGGCCAAGAGCUUGCGUACCAGGGCUAUCGCGACUACAAGAAGAAGUAGGCCGGUUUGUUGUUAUUUUUUCGUCUGAGCCAAAGUUUAGUUCGGUCUUGAGAUAACGCCUGAUGUUGAAAGAAUUUUUGCAUGAGUUGGAUUUAUCAAAAUAUUGCAUUCAGCAUGAGAUGUUACUUGAGUCGGAGAUGUUAAAUACUUAUGUAAAAAAGUAGAAUGAGUAGUUUAUACUUUUUUACUGUUUUUAUACGGAUUAUCGAAAAAACGAUGAUUAUUAAAUUAUUUUGUUUUGAUUAGACGCUAUAUAAGACACUGACAUUGAAAAUAGAAUUAAGUAUGUAGAGUUAACAAGACUUGGAUCCAACAGGUCAUAGUAUUAUUUGGAAUAUUUCAAAAGAAACACGAAAAAGCCUUUUAUAAUCUGUAGAUAAAUAAUUAUUUCGUCAAAAUUUUAAAAGUAUCUGUGUAAAAGUAACCUCUUGUAAAAUAUUGUAUAGUUAAUCAAUGUUUGCAUAUUUGCUCUUGAUGUUGAUUGUAAUUAUGUACAAAUUUCAGAUCAGACAUGACAAUUUUUUAUACGGUAUCACAAUAUUUAUAUGUGUAAAGUAUUUUUUCUAUUCUAUACAAUCGUUCUAGUAUUAUGCCAUAAUAUUAUUUAUUACGAAUUGAUCGCCAUGUUUUCGAAAUUUAAAUCUGGAUUAUUUCUAGGUAUAGGUAUAUGAUAGUUUUAGCAAAAUUUUGAAUCGUCGCAAUUUGAAUAUUGAUCUUUUUGCAAAAUACCUAUCUCCAUGUAUGGUAUAUUGCGAUUAAAUUGAAUAAAAUAGAAAAAUUAAAUUAA